AUGGAUUGUUCAAGUGAAAGUAGCACUGACUCUUAUUUGGAUGACUUUGGAGAUAUUAUUAUUGCUUCAUUGGUCACGGAAUACCAGCAGAGUUUUAUUAGUAAAACACCAUGCAGAAAUUCCAAGUUGACUGGAAGGAUGUAUACUCUAGAAUUUUUGCUUGGUAAUGAAACUACAUGCUAUGAUAAUUUUAGAAUGAAGAAGACCGUGUUUCUGAAUUUUUGCGAAACUUUGAGAGAUGUUGGAAACUUGAGAGAUGGAAAAAAGGUGAGCCUGCAAGAAGCAGUUGCAAUGUUCUUGAUCAUAGUGUGUCAUAACUUGCGUCAUCGACUCGUUGCCGACCGCUUUCAACACUCAUUGCAUACAAUAAGCAAAUGGUUUAGAAUUGUUCUAAGGGCAGUCUGCAAGUUGGGCACAACCAUUAUUCGACCAAGAAAUCAGACAACUACACAUCCAUAUAUUAUGGGCAACCCAAAAUAUUUCCCUUAUUUUAAGAACUGCAUUGGUGCUAUUGAUGGCACACAUGUAUCUGCUUGGGCUCCUGCUACUAAACAAACUGCAUUUCGUGGAAGAAAGGUCUUGAUAACACAAAAUGUUCUGGCAGUAUGUGAUUUUGACAUGCUAUUCACAUUUGUUUAUUCUGGUUGGGAAGGGACAGCAAAUGACGCAAGAGUGUUUUUAGAUGCUUUGACUCCUGAAAACAAUUUUCCAAAGCCAGAAGGAGAUCAAUUUUAUCUUGUUGACUCUGGAUUUCCAAAUGUGUCUGGCUAUCUUGCCCCAUUUCGGAGGCAAAGGUAUCACAUGCGAGAUUUUCGUGAUGGGGUAAGACCACAACGAAAACAAGAAUUAUUCAACUAUCGACAUUCUUCAUUGAGAAAUAUUAUCGAAAGAUGCUUUGGAGUAUUGAAAGCAAGGUUUCCAAUUUUGAAGUUAAUGCCAAAUUAUCCCGUUCGAAGACAAAGACUAAUCCCUAUUGCUUGUUGCACAGUACACAAUUUUAUUAGAAUGCAAUACGCUAGAGAUAAUCUUUUUGACCAAUAUGCUCAAGAAGACUUAAUUAUGGAUGCACAAGGUUUACAGGUAGACCAACAAGGAGUCAAUGUUGAUGCUAAUCAAGCCGCUGAAAUGGCUCAUGUUCGGGAAACUAUUGCAGAUCAAAUGUGGGAAAAUUUCAAUAGAUCUUAG